AUGAAGGCCAUCAAUCUCAUCUCCCUCCUGGCCAGUGGCUCGCUUGUUUGGGCCGCCGAUGUCGACAGACGCGCCGCCGAAGAAGAGUGCGGCGCUCUGGGCGUCAUGGAGGCCCCCGCGGCCGCCUACUUGAACGGAGGCACUGUUCGCAAGUGCAGAGACCACCCCAUGGGCUCCAACCGCGGCUUCGACAUGAGCGACACCGUCGCUAACGCGCCUUUCCAGCAGCCUGAAAGGCGCGACAGCCGACGGGACACCAAGCCGAUCCCCGACGCCCUCGCCAAGCGCUGCCCAAGAACCGCCGGCUGGGGCUGCGGUAAUGGGGGCUACUGCUGGAAGAACUGUGGCAGGAAUGGAGAGUGGUGCUGGACGGCCGCUGACGACGGCAACGGACCAUGGGCGCGCUGCAAUACUUGGAAGGACUGCGGCUGGGACCAUCUGAGCCUUGUCGUGAAUUGGGUUUCCAUUGAAACGCGACCGGCCCAGACGGAGCUCGUACAUGUGCUAGACGUCAUCAUGAAACUGCGAUAUUUGCCUGUGAGGAGAUGUCGAGAAUUAUUUCCUCGCUCAAUUCUUCUCUCGAGGUCUCCAGCCUGGGGUUUGCGUCGGUUCCGAAUCAACGCGACACAUGUGCCCUCAUCACGUCGCCACAUGAGCAAACCGGCAAGUGAGUCGUCCGAUAUCAGUAAACCAUCUGGCCCAGACACGGACAUUCGUUUCCAUGCCAUCGACGAAGUGGAAUCGAUGUACAGAUACGGCCCUGGCGGCUACCGUCCCAUGGCCAUCGGCGAGCGGCUUGCCGGCCGUUACCACGUACUGAAUAAACUCGGUCACGGCAGCUAUUCCACCGUCUGGCUCGCGAGAGACGAGGCAGUUCAGCGACUCGUUGCGGUCAAAGUCUGCACGGCCGACGCGAACUUGCGUGAGCCUGAGAUCUUGGGCUUUUUGGGUGACUUGCCCGAAGCCGACAGCAACGUUGGCGCUUGGGGACAAGCCUUGAUACCCGCUCUCCUCGACAGAUUUUGCAUCGACGGUCCAAACGGCACCCAUACAUGUCUGGUCAGUGAACCUACACGGUGUAGCCUGGCCGACGCAGUGUACAUAGGGUGUAAUCUACCACUGCCGCUUCCUGUUGCGCGUGCGAUUGCGGCUCAGAUCAUUCUCGCGGUUGCGCACCUGCAUGACAAUGGGGUUGUCCACGGAGACCUGCACCUGGGAAACGUUCUAUUCAAGCUUCCAGGUAAAUGUCAUACCUGGUCUGACGAGGAGCUGUUGGCGAGUUGCGGAGAGCCGGAAGAGGUCAAAGUUAUCGCAUUUGAUAACAAACCUAUUCCAGCAGGCGUUCCGCUUGUCGGCAAUGUGCCCAUCUGGUGGCCGAUGAGAAGAGUCCACAAGCUCUCGCUAGUCGAGGCCCAUAUUGUCCUUGCAGACUUUGGCGAGUCGUACCGACCCUCGCAAGAGACGAGACUCGAGUGCCACGCACCGGCUCCUUGUUGCCCACCAGAGGCUAUAUUUGAGCCAACGCAGCCAAAAUCGUUUCCGAGUGACAUCUGGAGCCUCGGGUGUGCUGUUUGGUCUACCCUUGCCUUCCCCUUGUUUGACUCUUUCAUGUGUGAUGAGGACACUGUGACGAAGAACCAGGUCGAAACCCUGGGAAAGCUGCCUGAUGAAUGGUGGAAGAGGUGGGAUGCGCGCGCGGGAGCCUUUACAGAGGAUGGUCAGCCUAUCCGAACUACGGAAGACCCCGUCCGCACAUUCGACUACCAGUUCGAGUACGGUAUGCAGAGUACUCGCAAGACAUUGAAGAUGGAGACGGCAAGCCUGGCCGAGAAGGAGGCCUUGCUUGCUAUAAUGCGGCCGAUGCUGGCGUACAGGCCGGAGGAGCGAUGCAACGUCGGAGAGAUUUUGAACUCGGAAUGGAUGACACGGUAUGCGAUGCCUGACUACAAGAGGAUGCAUGAAGGAGAUGGAUUAUCCACUUGGAAUAUUCAAUAUUCGCUCCAGGGAGACGGAAAGAGUGAAAGAACAGAUCGCUAUGGAUACGACCGGGGCUGA